UGUUGUAUUCAACUAACAGCUCACUGGUUAAGUUUUAAUUGCUUCCAAUGAGGUCAGCAAAGGUAUUUAUCGAAAAGCCCUGAAUAAAAAGGCUCCACACACACACACACAAGCAUACACGCGCUCACACAGAGAGAAAAAUCCUCUUGCCUGUUGAUUUAUGGAAACAAUUAUGAUUCUGCUGGAGAAUUUCUCAGCUGAGAAAUAGUUUGUAGCUACAGUAGAGAGGCUCAAGUUGCACAAGGCAGACAACAGACAUGGAAUUCUUGUGUAUCCAGCUGUUAUCAACAGAACAAAUAGGAAGAGGUCAAUGACCUAGGAGCAACAAUCAACUCAAGAUUUAAUUUUCAUUAUGUUAUUCAUGAACACCCGGAGCACUACACUAUAAUGCGCAAAUGGAUACUGACAUGGAUCCUGCCAACUUUGCUCUACAGAUCAUGCUUUCACAUUAUCUGUCUAGUGGGCACUAUAUCUUUAGCUUGCAAUGACAUGACUCCAGAGCAAAUGGCUACAAAUGUGAACUGUUCCAGCCCUGAGCGACAUACAAGAAGUUAUGAUUACAUGGAAGGAGGGGAUAUAAGAGUGAGAAGACUCUUCUGUCGAACACAGUGGUAUCUGAGGAUUGAUAAACGAGGCAAGGUCAAAGGAACCCAAGAGAUGAAGAACAGUUACAAUAUCAUGGAAAUCAGGACAGUGGCAGUUGGAAUUGUGGCAAUCAAAGGGGUGGAAAGUGAAUAUUAUCUUGCAAUGAAUAAGGAAGGAAAACUCUAUGCAAAGAAAGAAUGCAAUGAAGAUUGCAACUUCAAAGAAUUAAUUCUGGAAAACCAUUACAACACAUAUGCAUCAGCUAAAUGGACACACAGCGGAGGAGAAAUGUUUGUUGCUUUAAAUCAAAAGGGGGUUCCUGUAAGGGGGAAAAAAACGAAGAAAGAACAAAAAACAGCCCACUUUCUUCCUAUGGCAAUAACAUAAUCAUAUAUGGUAUAUAAGAAACCAGUUCCAGCAGGGAGAUUUCUUUAAGUGGACUGUUUUCUUUCUUUUUCUCUUUUCUUUUCUUUCUUUCUUUCUUUCUUUUUUUUUUUUUUUUUAAGUAACCAAGAAAGGCUGGAAAACUACUGAAAAACUGAUCAAGCUGGACUUGCGCAUGUAUGUUUAUUUUAAGAGACUGCAUUAAAGAAAGAUUUGAAAAAAAUAUACACAAAAAUCAGAUUUAGUAACUAAAAGUUGUAAAAAAUUGUAAAACUGGUUGUACAAUCAUGAUGUUAGUAAUAGUAAUGUUUUUUCUUAAAUUAAUUUACCCUUAAGAGUAUGUUAGAUUUGAUUAUCUGGUAAUGAUUAUUUAAAUAUUCCUAUCUGCUUAUAAAAUGGCUGCUAUAAUAAUAAUAAUGCAGAUGAUGUUAUAAAAGAUAUGUCAGACCUAAAGGCUGCUGGAAUGAUUUGUCAGAUAAUCAAGCCAAUACAAACUAUGGAAGAUGAGCAGUAUUUGAAAGUUUUUUUAGUGAAAAAUUAUAAUCCACUUAAAUUCUAAUUGGAAAAGAAAGAAUAUUCUCAAGAAUUCUAGUAUGGAAUGGAAUCAAAUAGGUAGUUUUACAAAAGAAAAAUAUUAGAAAAUGCUUAUACCUAUUAACAAGACAAUGCUGCUCAAACUGAAAGGAUAAUGGCUUAAUGGAGAUUUUCAAAAAUCUUGUAUAUAAAAUAGCAAUAAUGAUGACAAUACUGUAUUUCAUCUCACUUGGCACAAAAUAACAUCUUAUAAUCCCUGAAAGUAAAAUUGAGAAAUCUUUAAGUUUUUUUCAAGUAACAUAAUCUUUUGUAUAAUUCAUAUUUGGGAAUAUGUCUUUUAAUAAUGUUCUUCCCAUAAGUAAUCAUGCUUUUUCUCUGUGGUUAUAGCAUUAAACUCUAUUUUAAGUUGUAUUUGAAUUUUAUUGUUUUGUUAUUUAAGUUUAUGUUAUUUAUAAAAAAAACCUUAAUAAGCUG